GCCCGCCUAACGCAUCCCCACGCCACCCUCGAUCGAAUUAAGGCCCUCCAGAUCGUCUUUUUUUCGCAGCUUCCGCGAAACAGCCGCGCUCCGGCUUCGGCUUAAUAAUUCUUUUGUUUGCCGGACAAAAGAACGACGAAGUCGUCGUGAUUCUUUUGUUGGACGAUAAAGGCUUAAGAAAUCCUCCUUGAAUUUGUUUUUAUUUUCUUGGACUUUUAUUUGUGUUAAUGGAACCAGAAGGUUUUUGCGAGGUUCGGUAUAGUUAUCUAUGACCAUGGUGGGAGAUGAGACAGGAAAAUUUAGUGAAGUGAUUGAUUGUUAGUGAUUCAUUUUAUGUUUUAACAAAAACAUAGUGUGGGAGGACAGGUUAUUUUCGAUGAAAAUGAUUGGUUCUGAUUUGUUUUUGAUGAAAAUAACUAUUUUGUCUAUGCUGGCUUCUACAGGCUUGAGUCGUGUGAAGCGUCAAGAUGAUUCUCACUCAUACCCAGUGGGCGAGAACGAGAUCGAACCUUUAAUAAUUGACAGGGGACCCUAUUUUGACAAGUCGGUGUCCAGAAAUGUCACAGCUCUAGUGGGGAAAACAGCCUACUUAGGUUGCAGAGUUAGAAAUCUAGGGAAUAGAACAGUGUCAUGGAUUAGACAUAGAGACCUACACCUCCUCACAGUGAACAGAUUUACAUAUACCUCAGAUCAAAGAUUCUCAGCUCUUCAUAACCCUCAGACAGAAGACUGGACCUUACUGGUGAGGUACCCACAGAAAAGAGAUGCAGGAAUAUAUGAAUGCCAAGUGGGUACAACACCUCCUAUAGGUCAUUCUAUGUAUCUUUCUGUUGUAGAACCAAUUACGAUGCUUUUGGGUGGUCCCGAAAUGUACAUCAACCAAGGCAGCACUAUGAACCUCACCUGCGUGGUAAGGCACAGUCCUGAACCUCCACCCUCUAUUUAUUGGACUCAUGACCAACAAGAAAUCAACUACGAUUCGCCAAGGGGUGGGGUAUCUGUCAUUACAGAAAAGGGGGAUAUCACAGUGUCAUAUCUGCUGAUUCAGAGGGCCACUGAAAAAGACAGUGGACGAUACACCUGUCAUCCUUCCAAUGCCAAUCCUAAGACUUUAACAGUUCACGUGUUGAGUGGUGAGCAUCCAGCAGCUAUGCAACAUGGAGGACAGCUUAGACUUGAGUACCCAUUCGCAGUGAUAUUCCUGAGUAUUACAGUGACUCUAAUAGCUCCAUGACCAUUUUUUACACGCCACCCAUCUCAUCUGUAAAUAAUUUCUAUUCAAGUAAAACCAAACUAUUGAGAAAUAUUUGUCCAAUUGUAAUAAAAUAAGUCGUAAGUUUAUGACCAAGAGAAUUAUAGAUAGUUUUUCGAAGAAACCCAAUAAGGGAAACUUUUUCGAAAAUGGACGAAAUUCGUUUUCGAAGAAUAUCGUUUUUUGUGCGGUCAAUAUGUCUCGUAUAAAGAUAACAAAAAUUCUGUUAUAGACUGCGAACAUUUUCUAUUAUAUUUUCUCUAAAGAUUAUUGAUUUCCAUCACAAGAUACGUCGAAAGUCUCUCUAUUGUAUUGAGAUUCCAGUGUUCUUUUAUUGAAAACUGAGGUAAGGCAACUUAUUUUUUAACUAUUAUUAUAUUUUAAGCAUUUACAUUACACAGAUUUUGUUAAUUGAUUUUUUUUCUAAAUUAACACCUCUUUGUUAAUUGAUAUUGACGGCAAAAUAAAACACCAAUUUACAACAAUACACCAAUUUUACUUUUGCACUGGACGCGCAUUUUCUUAACCAUGUUAGCAUCACAUGAUUAAAACUAAGCCAAUAUCUACAAAUUAAGAGUUAAUGUACAGAUUGUAAUCAGAAAUAUGUAGGACAAACUAGAUCAGUAUUAACUGGAUCUAAAGAACAUAUAGCUCAGAUAAGAUGUGGUAAACCGGAUAAAUUAUAUUGCGUUGCUCAACAUAUUGCUGAAAAAGAACAUUGUAUAGAUACUGAUAAUUUAAAUUUAAUUAAACAAGUCUCAAAUUGCAGACAAUUUGAUGCAUAUGAGAGCGUCACAAUUAAUAAAUGUAAAGAUAGUAUGAACAGAGACAAUGGUCCAAUUCCUUUCAGUUCCCUGUUCCUACUGCUCUAGUUUCGGAAAUUAAUUGUUACGCUCGGCUGAUUUUGAGGGUAUUGUGAUAGAUAUAACCUUUUAAAAAAAAUAAGUUUUUAAUUUGUUUUGUGAUCGUAUUUUAUAAUUUUGACCUCUGUUUGACUAUUGGAAUUUUCUAUUAUUCUCCAUACUUUUAAUUUAAAAAUUUAUAGUUUUUUUACUAUUGAUAUAAUAAUAUAAUGUUUUUUUUUCUGUGUAAUAAUUCAGAAUUGUAACAUUUGAAAAUUCAUAAUACGUCAUUUCUCGACUUUCAAAAUUCCAUUUGACAAAACCACAUUUGUUUAUUUGGGUUAAGGCUUUGGAGAUUUUGCUUUAUUGCAUUUUUAAUUUUUAUUUUACGUGUUUUCUUGGAAAAAAAACCUUUGCUUGUAGGAGGGCUAUAUGUAUAACGGAUUCAUUAAAAAUCCAGUAUUUUUCACAAAGAGACAGAAUGAGGUUGAAAACACACUUGGUGCAGCCACACUAUCCCAAAAACGGCGUAUCGGCGUAACGGCGUAACGACCUUGAAUCGAUUUCCAGUAAUUCUAUUGGCU